AUGGUCAAACAAAGUGCCACCUCUGGUUGUUACUACUCACAGGUUAAUAGCAAGACACAAAAAAUGGAUGCUCAGUUAUUUUCCCCAUUGCUGGGGGGAAUCAGUAGCACGCCGCCUCCACUGGAAUCAUCCCGGCUCUAUAGUGACUGGGCAGCACGUGAAGAGGAGAUUAGCUCCAAAACUUCCUUUCAAGACUGCACAAAGAAACGGGCACCAAUUAGUCUGUCUUAUUCUGGCAAUGCCCCUGAUAUGUUUGGGUUAGUUUCAAGCAUUUUAGAGGAGCCAAGCAGGCCAGAACCAGUUACAGAUUGGAAUUCUCUUUCAAGAUUGUUUCCCCCAAUAUGGGCACCUGAUCUUGGAAGCAAUGGUGAAUUCUCAGGGCUAUCUUCUAAGCACUCUAGUGAAAGUAAAGAUUUUUCAAACCUGUUGGGCACACAGAGCUACUAUCAGGAACACCCGCAGAAGUCUCAUGAUGUGGAUAUGUUGCACAGAGGUUUGGAAGAUCUUCAUCUCAUAGAGUCUUGGCUUUCCCCAUCUGGUACUUGCACUCAGCCUGAUCAUAUUCUGAAGAACAGUUAUCCUGACAAUUCCUCUUUGCUAAAUAACAACAUGAUUCACCAGGAAGGGUUUUCAUGUCAAAAUGCAGACUAUAAUCAGCACCUGUGCAGUUAUGACCACGUGAGCUUAAAUGGAGACAAUGAAAAAGUGGCUUCCAACUUUAGCAUUUUUUCUUCUCAGAACACGAUGAAAGGUGGCACUAGCAUUCAGAAAGAGUACUGGAAAAUUGAAAGAACAAAAGGCAAAGCUCUGAAAAAUGGUGCUCAAGAACAAACAAAGUAUUCCUGCGAUCUUCCCAAUCAGCCUGGUGAUAAUUCUUGGGAUAAAGCAACCCAGGACAACCACUUCUUCUCUAAAAGAUAUGAAAACUUUACAGCUGCACGUAAGCUGCAGCCAUUAGUUCAUCCCUCUCUGUAUUUUUUCAAUCAGCCCUCUAAAGAAAACACUUUUACUGGAGGGACAAGCAGAAAGCCCCAGGAAACCCACGUGCAGAAUGGUCAGCGCAGCUUUACUGUGGGCGAUGCUUUUAAUAACAAUGAAUGUAAGGUCCAGGUUAGUCCUAAAGAAUGCUCUCCUCAAGUACCUGAGUAUGAUUUCUCUGCAAAAAAUGUUAUGCAAAGUGGGAAUUAUUCAUCAUACCAGGGACGUGUCUGGCUGGAGGGGAAAAUGGCAACUCUGGCUGCUGCUUCGGAUAGCACCUAUGGAAAGCAAGUGGUGACAAGUUCACAGUCAUCCUCAGGGGUUUCUACCAUGUCCAGUGGCUCUCCCACCCAUCAGUCUAUAACACAGUCAUCCUACUACUCACAGAUAUUACCUGUCCUCCCUCCAAGGAAAGAUGGAAGGUUGCAAAUACCAAAUGGUGUUUCUAAUAAUUCAGGAGUUCCAAAUUUCACCUCAGAAACUCAGAAGCACCUGAGACCCUUUGGGCAGCCCCAGCACAACUCACUGACACAUAAGGGGGGGCAGCACCGUAAAUUCCCCAUCAGUUUUUCACCUGAGUGGUUAACACAGCAGAAUGCUCUAAGUGAAGACUUGGAAAAAUACCACAGGUUUGCAAAAAAGGAGACCCCAGAAAAUAAUAACAAAGAUGAUAGAAGAGGUAGAAGGAGUUGGGUUCCCCAGUUUGGGUGUACAGCCCCCAACAGGCAGCAGUCCAAUGUGUUCCGCAAAAAGCAGGAGCAGAGCGGUGGUAGCAUGUCAGACUUCAUCAAUCCCUCUUUCCUCCCUUCUUUCCCGUUAAUGUCUGAUUUUAAACAAAAUCCCAAGUUUCCCCCAUUUAACCACCACCUGUUUUCAUCAGCAAAUAAUUUUGGUUUUCCCCCAUCACCGUUUCCCUUCUCGGAACUUGUUGAUCUUUUUCGUUACGAUGACUUUAACCACUUGGGUCCCUUCAUCAGCGAUCUCUUUGGUGGGGAAAUAGCUGCUCCAUACUUUGCCUUUCCAACACCACUGAGCAAGUACAGACCUCCACGGAAUCGCAGUGGGCCUGCCAAUGAGCUCCACCUCCAACUGGAGGAGUGCUAUGAGCAGUGGAGAGCUUUGGAAAAGGAGAGAAAGAAGACUGAAGCUGACCUUGCAAGAAGCUUCCCAGGGAAGCGUGUGUCAAGCUCAAACAACACUCCUGUGGCCCGGCUGCCUGCGAACCCAUCCCGAGUCGAUCGCUUGAUUGUCGACCAGUUACGGGAGCAAGCCAGGGUGCUCACAUUGAUAGGGAGGAUGGAAAAGCUUUCUGGGACCACUAUGCACGGGAACAUUUCCACCACACUGCAGCACCACAUGGAAGCCAUUCAGGUGACGCAGGCCAGGCGCAAGGAUGAGAUCAUUAACGCUGCUAAUCCACAGAGACAAGGAGCACCACGUUACAGUAAUGAGAAAGGUGUCCUGGCUCUGGCAGCUGCCAUCAGGGAUCUGACUGGCACCACACGCAAGGCUCGCACCGCGUUGUGGUGUGCCCUGCAGAUGGCCCUGCCGAAAAACUCUUCAAGCCCUCCCGUGAAACAGGAAGGUGUGGAAAGGGCUUUGCAAGAGCUUUCUCCUCCAAACACAAGCACACAAGAAAAAAGCUGCAUGGAGCAUGAAAACAAAGGAAGCAAAGAAGAAAAACCUGAGGAACCCGUGAAGACUCUGGAAUAA